GUAGAGCCCGUAUUAUCCAGGGGUGGUGGAGCUCGAGCGGGUUGGUGGGAGCAGCGGUUGAAAUGGCUCAAGAAGAGAUGGAAGUUGAUCUCCACGCAGAGGCUGCUUCCUCUGAAGAGAAUCCCAACACACUUUCCACAGAGCCCUCUCGUCAUGUUGUGCUGUCAUCCCAGGCACCGAUCCCCAGUGAAGGAGGAGAUAGUGCUGCAGCUCUACCUGCUAAUGACACUGUUGUCACACCAAAUGCUGGUACAGAGGAAGCAGCUGCUGAACCUGACCUGCAGUUGCAUCCUGUCAUGGCUCCCAGUGUACUCCAAAGGCUGCAAGGGGCACCGGUCAUGCAUCUGUGGGUGAGGAGAGGUCGCAGCCACCAGCGAGUUGGUGAUUCUCAGAGGACAAUCUGUGCCAGGGCAGCAUUGGACAGUUACUUUCGAUUCAGCAGGACCCAGCAGCCAGCUGCAGGACAAGUUCCACAUAUGGAGCUCCUGCAUACUGCAGGGGACAGCCAGGAACACAGCUCAGAUGAAACAAUAGAUUUAAAUGAGACUCAAAGCAGCAGUUCUACUGAAGAGGAGGAGGAGGAAGAAGUGUUGGGGGCUGCAGCACUGCCCAGUGCUAUGGCAUCAGCCCAGGAGACACCUCUGACAGCUAGCUUGGGAGCUUCCAGUCAGACCCAAGUAGAGCCACCUCAAGCAUUGUUGCAAGCUUCUGCAGUACACAGUCAUGAAAGUGAAGAGGCUGAAGUUCAGGUAAAGCAGAGAGCGCCACUAAAGGGGCUGGAGCCAUCUGUUCCUGUUGCACCACUGGAUGAGGAGGAAGGGGAUACCUGUGCAAUCUGUUUUGAACAGUGGACCAGCAGUGGGGACCACCGUCUCUCAGCACUGCGGUGUGGACACUUAUUUGGUUACACAUGCAUCAAAAAGUGGCUCAGGGGACGGGAAGGGAAGUGCCCUCAGUGCAAUAAGAAGGCAAAAUCUUCUGACAUUGUGAUCCUUUAUGCUCGCACUCUGAAAGCGCUGGAUACCAAUGAGCAAGAACAGAUGAAAAGCUCCCUAAGACAGGAGCAAAUGUUGCGGAGACAGGCAGAGCUGGAAUCUGCACAGAGCCGUCUCCAACUGCAGGUUUUGACAGACAAAUGCAGCAAGCUCCACAAGCAAGUUCAGGAACUGAAGGCUCUGAUGGUCCAGCACAAUGCAAAAGUUUCUGAACAGCCUGUCAGCUCCCGUAUCUGCCUUCCAGGCAGCCUUCCCUCCAGCCAAAGCCAGUGCAAGUACAACCUGGAAAAGGCUUUCUUGGUGUCUCAGUCUGGGAAAUGCAGAGUAAUGGCAUACUGUGACUCACUGAGCUGCCUUGUGGUAUCACAGCCCUCUCCAGAGUCUACUUUAAUUCCUGGUUGUGGUGUUAAGAUGCUGAGCGUGGCCGAUCUGAAGAGCAGUCAGUACAUCGCCAUCCACAGUAAACAGAUUCGGGGCCUCGCUUUCGGUGGUCGAGCAGAUGGCUUGCUGCUCUCUGCUUCUCUGGACAAUGCUGUCAAGCUUACCAGCUUGGCAACAAAUACUGUGGUACAGACAUACAACACUGGCCGCCCUGUCUGGAGCUGCUGCUGGUGUCUUGACGACACAAACUACAUCUACGCUGGGUUGGUCAAUGGCUCUAUCAUGAUAUAUGAUUUGAGAUACACAAACUCUCAUGUCCAGGAACUAGUCCCCCGGAAGUCUAGGUGCCCCAUGGUGUCACUGUCCUAUCUGCCCCGGAUGGCCUCAGCUUCACUGCCCUACGGUGGAAUUUUAGCUGGGACCUUGGAAGGAGCCUGCUUUUGGGAACAGAAAGCUGGCAACUCUUACCAGCCUCAUCACCUGCCACUGGAGUCUGGAGGAUGCAUUGAUCUUCAGGCAGAAAUCAGCACACGGCACUGCCUCGCAACAUAUAGGCCCAGCAAAAAUAAUCCAUGUGUGCGUUGUGUGAUGAUGGAGCUGACUUGCAGCCCACUGGCAGAGGACUCUAAAGACCUUGUGUGUUCUUCUAACCUGGUUCAGACUUUCAGUGCUGGGCCCAUCUGCAAGCUGUUGACCAAGAAUGCCAUUUUCCAGAGCCCGGAGGAGGAUGGCAGCAUCUUUGUGUGUGCUGGUGAUGAGGCAUCCACUUCUGCCCUGCUAUGGGAUGCUGGAAGUGGGUCCUUGCUGCAGAAGCUGCAGGCUGACAUGCCCGUGCUGGACAUCUGCACCAUGGAAGUGAACCAAGCCCACCUCCUGGCUGCUCUGACAGAGAAGCUGGUGAAGAUCUACAAGUGGCAGUGAGAGUGGUCCCUACGACUGCCAGAGAGGCUUUCCUGAUGUGCUGCUGAUUAACCCUACACAAUACUCCAUCCUGGACUGCUGUCUUACAAGUGCUGCUUACAGGACACAGGAACUGCCAUGGCCCUUUUUUGACAGCAGGUGGGAACAGGCAUGUCCUGGUGACAGGAGCAGUUCCCUGUUUUCCCCGUCUUCUUUCUAGGCUUGCCUGUAUUUCAACUCUAUGACUCUGUUAUUUGGUCAGUUUUGGUCAGUUUUCUUCAGCCAAACUCUUCAAGGUGCCUCAGCACAGCAAUAAUUCUUGGCCUUUCUCUAGUGUGUGUUGCUGGUUUUGUUUUUAACCAGUGUGAAUAGAAUGCAGGGACUUGCAAAUCUCUUCUAUGAAUCAACAAAAUAAGAGGGCACUUGAAGACCUGAGACUCCCACUGCACUUUCCUGUGGAGUCCUGCUGUGAUUACUGGUAGUGAAGAGGUGGCAAAAUUGGCAUCUCACAUUGUUGACACCCAGUGUUAAAAGCAAGUCUGCUGCUUUAGGGAACAUACUCUUGUGUUCUUUUGAAUAUCUAGGGUCAGUUGGCAGUUAUUCCUCAACAGGGAUAGACCCUGUUUUGUGACUAUGGAGAGAACAGGCUUGGAAGAUAUACACAGAACCUUUUUCUGUGGGUUUUACUUUUCCUUGAGCAUAUAAUUUGCACAGAGAUUCCUUAAUUUGCUACCUUCAUUUCCUUCCCCUUCUCUUCCUGCUUCACCCACAAGCAAACUUGGAACAGUGUGACUGUGGAAAAAGAAGCUGUAGUACUGAAAAAGGACAGGUAAGGAAGAGAAAGAUGAUUCUUGUACUGUUGGCUGCAGCAUCUCGUGGUGUCCUUCCUUAAAGACAGUGAUGUAAAAAAACAGCCAGUACCUUUGAAAAGAGUGCUGGUUGCUUUCUAGGGUUUUGGGGAUUUUUUUUUUUUUCCCAUUUUGAGGAACUGGUGGGAACUUGGGGAUGUCAUCAGCUUGCUUUUUCUGACCUUUUACCUGCCUUAAAUCCUAGCUGCCAGCUUACCAGCUGGUCACAGACAGUUUCCAGUUGUACUUGUGUGCAAGUGUGCUCCAGACUAAUGGAUGAUGUAGAUCUGUGCCCAUCAGGUGGGAUCACAGGCUGGAUGUGUGGGCUCUUAUACACCCUUAUCUAAGGAUAUGAUGAGGGGUGUAAAAAGAUCUCUGCUUCACUUUCUGUAUUUUAUGUAUAGCAUUUUGAUCCUCUAUUUUCAUAUGCUGCAAUGUAUUACAGAAAUAAAGUUGGUAAUUUUCAAAUACAA